AAGUUUGGGUUUCCUAUGGCCUUCACUACUACAAUGUUGUCAUGGAGUGUGCUUGAAUUUGGUGGGUUGAUGAAAGGUGAGUUGGGAAAUGCUAAAGAAGCCAUCCGUUGGGCUACAGAUUAUCUCCUCAAAGCCACUGCUGAACCAGAUGUCAUAUAUGUUCAGGUGGGUGACGCAACUAAGGACCAUGCUUGUUGGGAGAGGCCUGAAGAUAUGGACACUCCAAGAACAGUGGUGAAGAUUGACAGAAAUACCCCUGGUACAGAGGUGGCUGCUGAGACUGCUGCCGCUCUUGCUGCUGCUUCUUUGGUUUUCAGAAAGUCUGACCGCAGUUACUCUAAGGUUCUCCUAAAGAGGGCCAUUAGGGUGUUCGAGUUUGCAGAUAAGUUCAGAGGUUCCUACAGCAAUGGGCUCAAGAAGUUUGUGUGCCCCUAUUAUUGUUCCUAUUCUGGAUAUGAGGACGAAUUGUUAUGGGGAGCAGCUUGGUUACAGAAAGCCACAAGGAGCCCAAAAUACCUAAACUACAUCCAAGCAAAUGGGCAAACCCUAGGAGCUGAUGAAAGUGAUAACACCUUUGGAUGGGAUAACAAGCAUGCUGGUGCCAGAAUUCUUCUUUCCAAGGCAUUUCUAGUCCAAAAGGUCCAAUCCCUCCAUGAUUACAAGGGUCAUGCAGAUAACUUCAUUUGUUCGCUUAUUCCAGGGGCACCGUCUUCUCAAUCCACUUAUACCCCAGGUUCCUGCUCUGCAUAUCUUGGUUUCUAUGGGAAAAACAUGAUGGAUGACUCUAAUAUGCAGUAUGUGACUUCUGCUUCCUUCUUACUAGUCACCUAUGCCAAAUACUUAACCCAGGCGCGGAAGGUUGUUAAUUGUGGCGGCUCCGUUGUCACCCCUAAGCGACUUCGAUCCAUUGCCAAGAAGCAGGUGGACUACCUAUUGGGGGACAAUCCAUUGAAGAUGUCAUAUAUGGUGGGAUACAGUCCAAGAUACCCAAAAAGGAUACACCACAGGGGCUCAUCUUUGCCAUCCAUGUCUGCACAUCCAGCGAAAAUUGCUUGUGGGUCGGGUUUCUCCAUCAUGCAUUCGGAGAUCCCCAACCCGAAUAUACUAGUCGGGGCCGUGGUCGGUGGACCAGACGAGCAUGACCACUUCCCAGAUGUUCGAUCCGAUUAUUUCCAAUCGGAACCAGCCACCUACAUCAAUGCACCACUUGUUGGGGCAUUAUCUUACUUGGCUCACUCCUUUGGUCAGCUUUAGCUAUAGCUAGCCUCUUCUUUUACUAUUUACUAAUUUACUAUUUACUAUUGGAAGAGGGUAGAGGGUGGAAAACAAAAAUUCCUCGAGCCCUGAACAAAAAUGCGAAGCGCAUAUAUCUAUAUAUUAUUUACUAGUUUUCAUUUUUAGCAAAUGUAAGCUACUGCGUACAAGAACCGGCGUUAUAUUAGUGUAGCCGUACCAAUUCGCAUGAAUGUUUUUUCUUUUCUUUUUAUUGUAUUAUUUAUGGGCA